GUCCAUAUUUCUGAGUUUCGUUUUCCAGCUCAACGCCAGCCCAACUUUCAAGGGUCCCGCUCUGUCCCUAUCGUCGGGCUGGCUCUUUUUCUGGUAUCCGGGUGUUUUGGAAUCCAGUCAACACGUUCUGUUGGCUCGUCCUGCCGUGAUACCUCGAUUCUGUCAACAAUUUUCGGUUUAUGCGCUUCCAUGUGCUCGGAGCAGGACCAAUUCCCUCGCUCUUUGCGCACCACCUCCGCAGAGCCACGCCUCCCUCCCACAAAAUCGUUAUUAUCCACCGGAAAGCGAGAGAUGCACUCAGCGUCAAGGCUUCCGGCAUCCAGGUCCAGAACGGCGCCACAUUCACAACCUCUACGGACUUUGAGCAUGAAUCGCAAGAUACCAAAAACGACUCCCCGAUUGACUCAUUGUUUAUCACUAACAAAGGACACUCGGCGCUCUACGCCCUUCGACGCCUCGCUCACCGUAUCUUGCCGACGAGUACGGUCGUGCUUGCGAACAACGCGCUCGCCGUUCACCGGCUUUCGCCGUUGUUCAGCGACCCAGAACAACGACCUCACGUUAUUCUCGCGACAUCCACACACGCGGCUAGCCAUACCACCACCGGAGGGGCGCGACGGGUCGUCCACACCUUUCCGGGCAGAAUCCAUUACGCGCUCGUCCCAAAUGGAUCCCGUGAUGUCGAAGCCGGCCUCAAGAGCUCCUCGUCAGACAGGCGUCUGCGCCUCUCGAAUAUCGCGUCCACGACGGGCGAUACUCUGUACCCGUUCUACCGCACCUUGCGAAAUACCGUGGCCGUCCUGCACUUGGCGGAGUCACUCAGCGCGCACUGGUGCAGCUUGCAGGAAAUGCAGUCUCGUAUGCGUCGGCGGCUCGUCGUCGACUCGAUCAUCCAGCCUCUCAGCAUACUCAUGGGAUGCCGCGUAGGGGACCUGUUUACCAGGACGGAAGCUGUGAUGCUCGCGAGGGAUAUGUGCAAUGAGGCCGCAGCGCUCUUCCGUGCAGAGGCAGAGGCGCAGCUUCGAGCGGAAUAUCCGGAACCCGACCCCGAGAUGAUGGAGCUCUCCGGCGCGGCCAGAGUUCCGCCAGCGCUCCUGGCCGAGAAUCUGCUCAGAGAUUGUCUGAAUUAUGCAGCCGAGCGGAAAUCUGAAAUCUCGCCGAUGCUCAAUGCCAUGCUCUAUGCACGUCCGCAUGACCUCACCUAUCUGACCGGACAUUUGCUGGCAUCCAACGCCGGCUUGGUUGAUAUGCCAGUGACCAACAGCGUAUACCGCCUGGCGAGGAUGCGAGUUGACGCUCCCAUAGAUCGAUUGUUUUGAAGAGUAUCGUAUAUCUCACGUAUAGUAGUAGAACAUGUAUCAACACAUAACUCCUCCCUGCAAAGCAUCGCCAACGCGGGCCAUCAAUCGCCCUUGCUCAAUGCCUGCAUCAGCACGCACACUUUGCGCUCCGGGAGAGUAUCUGGAGGAGCUGCCCUACGACAAAUUGCUAGGGACUUGGCAUGUCGUCGCGAGCACACUUCCCCUCUGGAAGAACAAGAAGAACGUCAAGAUCACAUACUCAACUAUCCCAGGAGAACCGGCGACGACGUUCGAUGACUUGGUUACAUACGAGAUGCGGAAUGGGAAAGGGACGCAGACGCCGUCUACUGUGCGGGGGAUCGACAGGCUGGAGAAGCCCGGAGGAUGGAAAUGGCGCGGGAAGGGUCUCCUCAUGAUUGCGACAAGCCAUUGGCAAGUGCUCGGCUUCGAGAGUGAGCCAGACUACGUCGUGACGUACUUCGAGUCCACACUCUUCACGCCUGCUGGUCUGGACAUCUACUCGAGAACGAAGGAUGGGUUGAGCGAUGAGACGGUGGACACCAUAACGCAGGAGAUAGGGACGCUCAAAGGUCUGGAACAGUACGCGAAGGAUAUGUUUAGAGUACCACAAGAUUGAAGACAGAGUUACUGUUGCUACUAGUAUCAACUCCGGGCCGGGUGCUGCCGGACAGUCCUUCCUCAUGAUCUCACCACUCGACUAGCUUGAGAGAACACGGGCAUGACACCACUGGUCUGAGCCCAUGUCGCUCGAUCCUUGUGCAGGCUUUGCGGCAACCAAUCCUGAUAACGCUGGAAUCGGUGUACGAAUUAGCUUCUAUCUGCAGACAUUCUUGCUGGUUUUCCUCGUCGAUCGGUCAUGGGUAGACGCGCCUAUUGCGCUGUGGACAUUCCUCGCCACCAGCUUUGGCCUCACUGUGGCAGCAAUCAUCCAAGAAGCUCAAGGGCAACUUAGUCUGUACCAGGGCUUGCAGGUGUCAAAUCUUGUCUGGCUUGCAAACUUCGGCAUGUUUGUAGCGAUGGCAAGCUACAGUCGUCAAAAAGCUGCCAGUCACUCGAGCACGGUAUAUGACUACAACGUCAAGUCAGGGAUCCUGCUGCAAACCUUUCUGUCGAUAUGUCUCACGAUUUAUAUGUGGGCAACUAUCGAAACCUUCGGCAGCCUCCCUCAAUGCUCACAUCUUGUCACAUUUAUGGUCUUUGUAAUCAAAGUCCCUGCUCUUCAACCAGGCAAGAUCAUCGGGUUGACUGCUUCCUCUGUGCUAUUGGUCAUAUAUACCUCAAUAUCACUCCAUGAGCUGUUUGCUUCCGUGAAGAGACGACGCGUGAAGGCAUUAAUUCCCUAUCACCUUCGGACCUCGACUCCGAGACACUCUACCCUACCUGCUGUUCAAACCACUACAACGAUUGGGGCAGUCCCGAGUGCAAGCGUCCGCCGACCACCAAGUUUGGCCAACAUCAGCGUGGUGCCAAGGACAGCAACGCAGACUUCGAUCCUUUCUCCGACGGAGAUCGUGUCUCUCUCGUCCGCAUCUGGGCCCAGUCAAUCGGUUCUCAAGCGCCGGCCACGCAGGAGACGAUGGUCACGUGAGCUCGAUCCAAUGUUCAUCGGUGUUGUCAUCUGCCAAGUUUUGGUCUUUACAUAUUUUAUCGUCUCCAGCGAGCUUCUGCUCACUAACAAUUACGGGGCUCAGGAUGCCGCGCAACAGAUGGGUUUCGGGCAGAUUUCUGCUCUAAUUGUGAUUCUUCCCGGCGCACUUGCUGUUAUCGGUGCUGUAAGAGAACAUGGCUUCAAGCGGCUUUCCAAACGAAAGCGAUCGAGCACAAGACUGCGAAGCAGGCGGAAUGCAAAUGUAUGAGAUAUUAUCGUUCGAAUACUGUAGAGUGGUGCGGAAUGCAAUCUAGUCUAGUGAUCGUCAGAAGUGGCUGUGCCCCACUUGACCAGCGCACUCAGCCCAUUUUGCCAGUCCUCGACACGUCGCCCUGAGGAUGUUGUUUCAAGUGAAAAUACUGACACAUCUCGACGCACCAGCGAGAACGGACAUCGACGAUCGAUCUGUUCCUACGAACGCAGCACCUUUCGAUUGGAUCACGGCGUCAAUGAGCACCGGAUACCUGGAAAAACUCCGCCCCAAGAACUCUCAAAUUGACGAGAAGGACGCACCACUCGCCAUAAACGUGUGCUAUCGCAUCCCUCUCAUCACUCGUCAUCACCACGUGGUGAAUUCUGACACCUUUGAGCCUGAGCAUCUCCGCUCUUAUCUGCUGUACUUGUCGGUUGAUCGCAGCAAGAGAUGCGACUAGGAUGAGGGUCAACUUGACCAAAUUCGUCGGAGAUUCUGGGCCCACGCACAGCACUGCUUGACAGGGAUUCCAUUGCACCACGACUGGAGGACGAUAUCGGAUCAGGAAGGGACGAGAAUAGAGUGUCCCUACUUACUUCAAAGUCGGCAUGUCGAACAUGGACUGAGAUGAACUGAAGAACACAAUUCAAUCCUCUCCCGACAUACAGGGUAGCUAAAGCGCACCGGGACGAGCGGGGACUCCUCGGACAACCUCAUGGCCGCGCGGAGAUAGCUCUCCGCAAGUUCCUCCAAGCUCGGAUUCCAGUGCAUGUGAGUCCCAACAGAUCGCCAAGCAGGGCUUCCGUGCUGGCGGUCAGAACCUGAUUGUUCCUCCGUGAGAAACAGCACCUGUAGUCAUAUUGCAUUUCGAAAGG